AUGAGAGCGCUCUCGGAUGAGCUAGCUGCCGCCGGGAGUCCCAUAACGGAAGGAGAUCUUCUUUCUUUCAUCAUUGCACUGCUGGAUUACCAACCCUUGAUCUCGGCGCUGGACGUCCGCACUGCACCCCUCUCAGUGGAUGAUAUCUUUGGCAUGGUCGCGAAUUUCGAUCAGCGUAUUGAGAUGUUCCACGGGACAGGAGGAGGUGCUUUAAAAUCCUCAGCUAAUGCUGCAUCCCGAGGCCGUGGCAACAACAACUCCAGCCGUUAUCGAAACUCCAACAGGAGUGGUGGUGGUGGAUCUCGCGGUGGUGGCGGCGGCCACUACCAGAAUGGCGGCGGCAACAAGAGCGGCGGCGGAAGCGGACACUACAACAACUCCAACGCCGGUGGCGGCGGUGGCGGCUACGAAAACUACAUCAGUGGCGGCGGUGGUGGCGGCGGCCACUACCAGAACGCUGGCGGCGGCGGUGGCAGCGGCCACUACCAGAACACCCGCGGCGGCUAUGGUGGCGGCCACUACCAGAACGGCGGCGGCAACAACAGACGUCCCUACUACAACAACAACAGGGGCGUCCCUUCCAAGGCAAGUUGGAAAAAGUCCUCCACAUGGAGAAGGCAAGGGCCUCUCGCCACGGCUACAAAAAUGUCCUCCACAUGGAUGGGCAUUUUUUCGGUGAGGGAGAACAAGAAAGAGGAGAGGUACAAUUUCAUGUUGAAUGCGCGAAAGGAGAUGAUGGAUUGGGACCGGAAGAGGAUGGAGAAGAAGUUGGAAAUUGAGAGGGAGAAGAUCAAGUUGGAGAAGCACGAGGUUGCGAUCAAAUGGGAGCUCGAGAAGACUAAGACAUUUGCAGAGAUUGAGCUCGAGAAUAAGAAGUUGCAAAUCGCACGGAAUGUGGAAGAUGCGAAAAUAAUAUUGGCGGCAUGUCGCAACACCGGCAGCGAUCCGUUCUUCACUCGUGCCCUCGCCGUCCUCCUCCACAGGCCGGAUCCAGCGUCGCAGAUAUCGGGUACGGCAGAUCAGAUCGGGAUCUGGCGGAGCGACCACCGACCAUGA